AUGCCCAUAAUGUUCUUCACCACUGGGGGCAGCUUUACAUAAGACUGCAUUCACUGAAACCAAAGCAACAGUCCGAGCAGCUUUCAGAAUGACAGUCUGCAGAAGUGAGCUGAGCGUGUGCGCUGUACGGGGCUCUCCUGCCUUGUGGGCUCCUUCGUAGCUCUGUGGCUGAACUGGGUGCUCACCACGGGAACUGCUGGGCUAUGGAAUACAGAUGUGGCAGCUCAGGUAGCCCCACGUUGCCUGGAGGAAUACAUCAAGCUUUCUGAUAAGAAGAAAUUGUMGAAGCCAGUUCUGUAACCGCCCCCCCCCAAGAGAAAAAAAAAACUGUAAAGAUGCAAAAACGUAAUAUCCAUGAAGAUCCUAUUACCUAGGAAGAUUUUGAUGUUUUGCUGCGAAUGYGGUGUUGGGAUUUAUUUGUUCUUGGAGUGUUCUGCGUGGCUGGCAAAGAAUUAUGUUCCAAAAUCGGUCCAUCUCCCAAGGGGUCCAAUUUUUCUUCCUGGGUGUCAGCGAGCCCUGACUCACUACAGUGCAGCUGACAGGGGCUGUCAUGCAAGUGGCCCCCUAAGCCAAAGCAAAGGACCUAAGGACGACCUUUGAACAAUACAAAGGAUGGGUUUCAAUGUAAUUAGGCUACUGAGCGGAUCAGCUGUAGCACUGGUUAUAGCCCCCACUGUCUUACUGACAAUGCUUUCUUCUGCUGAACGAGGAUGCCCUAAGGGCUGUAGGUGUGAAGGCAAAAUGGUAUAUUGUGAAUCUCAGAAAUUACAGGAGAUACCCUCAAGUAUAUCUGCUGGUUGCUUAGGUUUGUCCCUUCGCUAUAACAGCCUUCAAAAACUUAAAUAUAAUCAAUUUAAAGGGCUUAACCAGCUCACCUGGCUAUACCUUGACCAUAACCAUAUCAGCAAUAUUGACGAGAAUGCUUUUAAUGGAAUACGCAGACUCAAAGAGUUGAUUCUGAGUUCCAACAGAAUCUCCUAUUUUCUUAACAAUACCUUCAGACCUGUGACCAAUUUACGGAACUUGGAUCUGUCCUAUAAUCAGCUGCAUUCUCUGGGAUCUGAACAGUUUCGAGGCUUGCGGAAGCUGCUCAGUUUACACUUACGGUCUAACUCCCUGAGAACCAUCCCUGUGCGAAUAUUCCAAGACUGCCGCAACCUGGAACUUUUGGACCUGGGAUAUAACAGGAUCCGAAGUUUAGCCAGAAAUGUCUUUGCUGGCAUGAUCAGACUCAAAGAACUUCACCUGGAGCACAAUCAAUUUUCCAAGCUCAACCUGGCCCUUUUCCCAAGGUUGGUGAGCCUUCAGAACCUUUAUUUGCAGUGGAAUAAAAUCAGUGUCAUAGGACAGACCAUGUCCUGGACCUGGAGCUCAUUACAAAGGCUUGAUCUGUCAGGCAAUGAGAUCGAAGCUUUCAGUGGACCUAGUGUUUUCCAGUGUGUCCCAAAUCUGCAGCGCCUCAACCUGGAUUCCAACAAGCUCACAUUUAUUGGUCAAGAGAUUUUGGAUUCUUGGAUAUCACUCAAUGACAUCAGUCUUGCCGGGAAUAUAUGGGAAUGCAGCAGAAAUAUUUGUUCCCUGGUAAACUGGCUGAAAAGUUUUAAAGGUCUGAGGGAGAAUACAAUAAUCUGUGCCAGUCCCAAAGAGCUGCAAGGAGUAAACGUGAUCGAUGCAGUGAAGAACUACAGCAUCUGUGGCAAAAGCACCACGGAGAGGUUUGAUCUGGCCAGGGCUCUCCCCAAACCAACGUUUAAGCCCAAGCUCCCCAGACCGAAGCAUGAGAGCAAGCCCCCUCUGCCCCCCACGGUGGGAGCGACAGAGCCUGGCCCAGAGACCGAUGCUGACACGGAGCACAUCUCUUUCCAUAAAAUCAUCGCAGGGAGCGUGGCCCUUUUCCUGUCCGUGCUCGUCAUCCUGCUCGUUAUCUACGUGUCAUGGAAGCGGUACCCUGCAAGCAUGAAACAGCUGCAGCAGCGCUCCCUCAUGCGAAGGCACAGGAAAAAGAAAAGGCAGUCACUAAAGCAAAUGACUCCCAGCACCCAGGAAUUUUAUGUAGAUUAUAAACCCACCAACACGGAAACCAGCGAGAUGCUGCUGAACGGGACAGGACCCUGCACCUAUAACAAAUCAGGCUCCAGGGAGUGUGAGAUACCUUUAUCUAUGAAUGUGUCAACCUUUCUGGCAUACGACCAGCCCACAAUAAGUUAUUGUGGGGUGCAUCAUGAGCUUCUCUCUCACAAAUCUUUUGAAACGAAUGCACAGGAAGAUACGAUGGAAACACACCUAGAGACUGAGCUGGACCUGAGCACAAUCACAACAGCUGGCCGAAUCAGUGACCAUAAACAGCCACUGGCUUAACUGAGCUGACUGGUGGCCAAGGGUUGCUACCAAACUUUGUAACCUCAAGGACAAAAUGAGGAAGAUCUGUUCAUUGUGACUCUGAAAAACAAAACAAAAAUCCCCUGUUCAAAUAAAACAAAAAUCAAGAUUGAUUCAUGAAAUAAAGAAGACAUGAAUUGUUUCAAGUCUACACUUUGUAAUUAGCUAAGUUGUGCAGUAUUUUUUUGACUUAAAGAGUAUGACCCUGAAAAAAAAAAAGAAUCGAUUUUUCAAAACUCAUCCUACCUACGUGUAAAAACUGUACAGAGCUAAUGUAUUUUUCAUAUUGUAAAGUUUCAAUUAUAGAAACAACUGGUAUGUACAGUACCAUAAUUUAAUUACAUUUUACUUUACAAACUUUACACAUUUCAGUUUCUAAAAUUUUAAAUUAACAAAAAUUAUUUCUUGUGUUAUUCAAAGUUACUCAGUUUUGUAGGGACUGUUUUGUUACUGCUUUUGUGCCCAGAAACCUUGACUCUAAAAUUCUGUGCUGUGCAAAAUAUGCACGAUUUUUAUCAUGCUUACUGCGUAGAAUUUUAUCUACUUGUUCCAGAAAUAAUACAUUAACCAAAAAGGAUUUAAUUGUUCAGACUUGUAAGAGGUUCUUCAAUUACAUAGACAGGUUUUUCUUAUAAAUGAAAAAAAAAAUCAAAAGAUUUUUUUAACAGUUCUUCUCAGAUUUAACUGUUGCCUUGAAUUACAGCCUAGUUUCUAAGCAGUGAAAUGUAAUGAUAAAGAGGGAUAUUUUAACAACAUAUUUCCGAAUGAAUGACUCAUUAUUUCRUUUUUUUGAGUAACCAUUGUUAAGGGUUGGGGGGAGAAGUAUGGACAAGACAUCACUGGAAACAAAGGCCGUAACCACAGCAACAGACUUUGAUACACUUAAAAGGUGCAGCUGCCAGUGACAAAGAAAAACUUUUGUUACAUCUCAUUAUUUUGAGGCCAAGGUGGGAGGAAUAGAGCAUAAUAACUGUACAGUAGCAAUUUUUCUUCUAAUUAACCCAAAGCGGUUUACCUAAAAAUAACCAUCAGUCAGUGCAAAAUGUGCCUGGUUCUUAAGACAACUUUUCAUUUAGAACUCUGAGACUAUUUUGGGAACUUCUCAAAGGAAAAAUAUGAAAUUUUUGUCAUUGUGUGCUACAUCCAUUGCUCCUGAGGGACAAUUUUAAACAUCUAUAAUUCAUUCAAUAUAGAAGUGAGCCACGGUGGAGAAAUGUAUCACUCAAUUAGAUUAUAAACAUCCAUAUUAUGUUCCAAAUUGUUAACAUUGCCCUCCAUAAUGGAAUUCACCUCCAAAUUAUCUGAAAAAUAACUGGGAGUAAUUGAAUAUCAACCCAGGUCCUAUAUUGAUUAUGCAACUGUGUUUUAAAUACAAAUCAAAUUAAGAAAACCUGACUUUUCAGAGGCUGGAAUGAUCAACUUGUUUCUGUUGUUUACCUGACACAGAUUAUUGUUUGACAACAUUGUUACUAUGAAAAUCACACAUUCUUUUUGGUGUUUGAGUAUUUUUUAAAAAAAUAUAAAACUGCAAGUUUCAAUUACUGUUGCACUAGAACAAUUGCUUUUUUAUAUUGUCAUUUUAUAUUUAUGAUGUCAAAAAUAGAUUGAAUAUAUGUCAGUGUAACAGGGGUCAAAUACAAUCAAAGCAACAAAGAAAAUAAUUAGAAGCAUCAAUGUCAAACUUAAUUUUUUAUCUUUUCCAAAGAAAUCAUAUCUACAGAAUCUAGUUUUAUGCAGGUUAUCACAACAAAUUGAAGAGCAACUUCAAGAAAAAUAAAUUAAAAAUUGUAGCGCAAAAUUUUUUUUGCAAAUACAMAAAAAUCAAAGAAAAAGGGGAUGUAAAGGUUUGAAGAAAUAAACUACUAGUAAUUUAAAUGUAACUAAAUGUGAAACCCCUGAUAUUUAGCAUAUCAGAUUUUGUAACAUAUUUUGCAUAAAUUAUUUG